UUGAGUUAUACACAAGACAGUUCCAUUGAUCAGAACACAUACGUACGUACACACACAAUAAAUAUUUAAAAGGGCGUUAAAUAUGAAAUGGCCUUCCGUGAGUGAAAUAGUCUCCGUUCUCCAGAUUGUGAUUGCGAUUCUCUGCUUGCCUGCGAUACUUCUGUUCUCGAUGGUCAUAACCUUUCCAUAUGAUAUGAAAUUGUUCACGUAUCAGUGUUCGCUUUCUACAACAAUGGUACUCUGCCUGAUCUUCGGUUUCAGCACGUGGUUUUACAAUUCCCACUAUCCAAAAACGCGUUUCCAUGUACGCGUUUUGAUUGCCGGAAUAUUAUGGAUUUUAUUUAUUUUCGGAGUUGUAACCGCGGUCUUAUUUGAUUUGCAAUUCAGUAAAGAUUUGAUAUACGGCGUAUUCGACCCAGACCUCUUCGAUUCUAGAGAUUAUGCUAUAUUAUAUUUCGGUAUGGGUUUAGGCGCCCUAGCCCACCUCUUACUGCUGAUUGUUAGUAUUAUAUUGACUGUAAGUGUUUGCAGGUGUAGUUGUGCUCUUCGAAGCACAUUUUCAAACUAAAACAAACUUUGAACCAUCUUUAUUGUUAUGGCAACGGCAUAAAUUAUUCCCAAAAUGAUCCAACUUAUAUACAAUAUAUAUGUAUAUAAAAUUUAAGUGUGAGUAAUAGUAUAUUUGUAAUCGUAUA